GCACACGUGCAGUGUGGGGGGCGCGAUGCGUCUACGUACGCCAAACCGACUCCUUUAUGUGUGCCAGUCGGAGAGACCGGACUCCUCCAGAUUAUUCUCAGCAUUUUCGAUUUGAUUAGAGAGAGAGAGAGAGAGAUGGCAAUGGAGGGUGGAGCGCAGUCGGAGCCGACUCGGAUAAUGCUGGGGGUGAACGAGUCGACCAUCAAGGGCUAUCCACACGCUUCCAUCAGCAGCAGAGGAGCAUUCGACUGGACUCUCAAGAAGAUCGUUCGCAACAAUCCCUCUGGUUUCAAGCUCCUCUUCCUUCAUGUCCAAGUCCCCGACGAAGACGGUUUUGAUGACGUGGAUAGCAUGUAUGCAUCACCUGAUGAUUUUAAGAGCAUGAUGCACAGGGACAGAAUAAGAGGACUUCACCUGCUGGAGUUCUUUGUCAAUAAAUGUCAUGAGCUUGGGGUUCCUUGUGAAGCAUGGAUCAAGAAAGGUGAUCCCAAGGAAGUAAUCUGCCAUGAGGUCAGGCGAGUCCAACCAGAUUUGCUGGUUGUGGGGAGCAGGGGUCUAGGACCUUUCCAGAAGGUCUUUGUUGGCACUGUGAGUGAAUUCUGUGCAAAGCAUGCCGAAUGCCCCGUCAUCACAAUUAAACGCAAGGCUGAUGAGGCACCUCAGGAUCCAGUUGAUGAUUGAUUAUACUGGUGGAAUAUGUUCAUUGAUAUACCAUAUACUGCGGGUAAACUCGAAAACAAUUGGUGUAAUUGAUGCUUGUAGAUGAAGAAGUAUGUAUUAGUAGUCGUUCCCCUGUGAAGUUGGCUCGAUCGCUUUGCUUGAUCCCAUUGUUUUCUGAACCAGUGUGUAAAACUCGUCAUGUAGAGAGACAUUGGAUUUACUCUGUUAUAGAAUUUGAUUUUAAAAUCAA